AUGGCUUUACCUCUUAUAAUAUCCUCAAUCCCUCUUAUAACUAGUAACUAUGAUCACACUGAACCUUUGAAAGAUGUAAUGUGCUUUUUAAUAGUAAAGAGCUAUGAUAAAGGGUCUUACGAUACAACAGGGAUGGUAUUAAAAAUAGUAUUGUCAUUUAUACCGUUUGUAACUACUAUAUUUCUUGAACUAUUUUUUGUACUAAGAGUCUUAUACUAGUUCUACAAAAAUAAAGAUUAAAUAUAUUUAGUAAAUAUUAAAAGUUUAAUUCUAUAUCCCUCUAUAUUGAUUAUUUCAUGGAUUUGGAUAAUGUUUGAAAGGUUUUACGAGUUAGCAACAGAUGGAGAUUAAAUUAAUUGGCUUAAUUAAUUUGACUUAUAGCUUGGAGUGUUAAAUGGAUUUUUUAACUCAAUAGUCUAUGGAUUCCUCUCAAUUAAUCUUUGCCCUAAGCGUGAAAAGCAAGAAAUCAAAUUAAUUGAAUCAGAAAAAACUCCUUAUUCUGAUUCUAUUUCUGGAUUUUGGAGUAUUGAUGAAGGAGGAGAAGCUAUGAAUGAAUGA